AUGGAGUCUAGACAUUUCAGCCACAAACACGCCCUGGUUUUCCAUCAGGUUGUUCAAGGAUCUGAAAUUCAUUGCUCCGGCUGCAAAUCUGCCGGCUCAGGCAACGUCUACGUUUGCUGGCAGUGCAGUUACUUCCUCCACGAACACUGCUUUCGUUCCGAACGGUCUCUCAAGCACCCGUCUCACCCCCUUCAUCCUCUUACUUUGAUGCCUUCUCCUACUUACCCCUCCGGUUCUUUUUCCUGCAAUUCGUGCAACCUUGAUGGAGAUGGAUUCUCCUACAGUUGUUCCGAAUGUGAAUUCGAUAUUCAUGUUCAUUGUGCCCUUAAUAUUCCCAUUACUAAUCCCAAUCCACAUUUAUUCCAUUCCUCUGUUCCUAAUCCUAAUCUUAAUUCUAAUCCUGCGCAUAAUUAUAAUCCCAAUAUCUAUCCUCCUCCAAUCCAAUCUAAUGCUUAUCCAACGUAUCCUCCUCAAAACACUGGUUAUCCCCCUAAUCCAAACAACCCUUAUUCCAAUUUCACCCCUCCUAAUCCAAUUACAACGCCAAUUCCAGUUCCACAAAAUCCACCCGAUUCAAUUCCACAAACGCCGGAGAAGGUGGUGUGUCCGGGCCACAAGCACACGCUGACUCUAUACUACUCGUCGCGGGCAGCGGCGAAUAGGGAGGUGACUUUCACGUGCGAUGUUUGUAUGAGCCUGAUAGACGAGAUGGCGUGGGUGUACUAUUGUCGUAAGUGCGAUUUCGGGACCCAUCUGGACUGUGUGACUUCGGAAGUGAAGCAACAGAGCGCCAGCGCGCAUAAUAUCUAUCCCAAUAAUUACAACUCGCAACCCUUGCGUAGCCACCCGGCCCACACUCACGCCUUAAGCCUCUCCGAAAUAGCGAAACCAACAGAAGAUGAAUAUUCCAACGAGAAAACAUGCUCAGGCUGCGAGCAAAAAUUUACCGCCGGCGAAGAAGCCUACACCUGCCCAGAACGCGACUGCGAGUUCUCUCUCCACAAGUCGUGUUUCGAUUUGCCGGAAGAACUCCAACGCAACUCCCACCAUGACCACAAACUCAAUCUCCUGUUGGAGCCACCGUAUUACAGUAUUUACUACGAGUGCAGCGCAUGCGGAGAAGAAAUCAAGGGCUUUUCGUUCCGGUGCGACGAAUGCACCAGGUUCAGGCUCCAUGUGAAGUGCGCUUUCUUGCCUGAAACCGUCGAUUCUAAAGCGCACGAGCACACACUUGUAGUUCGCCACGACACACCGCAGCCUGCCGACCGCAGUGGUGUGAUGUGUGAAGUGUGCGAGAGGGAAAUAGAGAAAGAGUUUUGGUCUUACUUCUGUAAAGACUGUAAUUUUGUUACAGAUUUACAGUGCGCUUUUACUGCCGAUGCUCCACCGGUGAAAAAAGAAGAAAAGGAAGAAGAAGAUGAGGAAGAAGAAGAAGAAGAGAAGGAGGAGGAAACAGAGGAAUACCCGGAGGGGACAACCGAAGCAGAGAAAUUAAUGAUUGCGACUAUCAACGCACAAAAUCGGAUGGCGAUGAUUCAACUUCGGCUGCAACUGGCUAAAAAUAACUCAUAUGCAGUGGCAAACAUGUUUCGAUACUAAUGUUUGAAUUCAUGUUGAUCAAUUGUUCUUGUUGUUUGUGUGUGUGUGUGUGUUUUCGAUCCUGUGCGUGUUUUCCGGUUAAUAUUGAUUGUUUAAUAAUGUAAUUCGAUUGCUUCCCAUUGAUUUCUCGAGGGGUCGUCGUCUCCGUUUUACUGUUUGUUUUCUUUGGAUUUGUUUUUUCUGCAUGCAGAAAUAAAAUUUGGUUUCUAAUAAUUAAGAUUAUACUUAUGAAUUAUUAUUUAGUUGGUUUCUAAUAAUUAAGUCAUAUUUGAAGGAU